AUGCUGCCUGCUGUGCUGCGGGCUGUGGUGGGUGUAGGCGAGCGAGGCUGCAGCUGAGAAGGCAGAUAACAAAGCCAUGACGGUGCGCGUACGGCUGCAGAGGCUCGGUCGCCGUAACAGGCCCUUCUAUCGAGUCGUGGUUGCGGACUCAAGGGCUCCCAGGGAUGGGAAAUUCAUUGAGCUGGUAGGCACCUACAACCCGCUCGCUACCCGCAGCGGUGUGAAGGAGGUCACGUUCAAGGUGGACAGGAUACGCUACUGGAUCUCGGUCGGUGCUCAGCCGAGCGAUAGGGUGGCGUGGCUUCUGGGGCAGUUCGGCAUACUGCCGCCCAAGGUUGUCCCCGUAGCACGGACGAAGCAGACAGUACCGAGGAAGGAGUGGAAGGAGCUCCAGAAGAAGCAGGCUGGGGGCAAAGGUUUCCACACGUCGGCGGCGUGUUUCAAUGCUCUCCAGCCCGGGGCUGGCGAGCCAGCUAGUGACUCCCCCCCACGGACUCUCUUUUCGGCCAGCGACGACGGUGAACUGUCCGACGGAAUCGCGACUCGGCGACCGUCGAGUGCUGUGUCCCAGUCUCCGCCGCUUGAGACGGGACCUUUGUCCUCCUGGUGGGGAACGGGAGCAGAGAGAGAAACACACCGCAACGGCGAGGCCGUUAGCACGACGGCUAGCGGGCCAGAUGAGCUCGGCGGCGGCAUCGCUCUUGAUUUGUCUCGAAUGUCGCUGACCGAACGCAGCGCGGGGGACCAGCAAGCGUGGUCGCCGCUCCGUGCCGUUCUUGCUUCGCACCUCAGCCUUCUCGGCCCUGCCGCCUGCUCCGUGAUUGGUCUACUGGUGGACGCGGAGGAGGAGGCUCGGGAUACACGAUGAUAUCGCGACAGGGAGAGGACUACGUUCGAGGGCUCGGUUGGAGAGAUUCAGCCUGUUCUUUUGGGCGUCGCAAUCUGCUGAAUAGCUGGCCUCGCGGGGGGAGGGAGCGGGGCGUGGGUGGACAUAGAGUCGCUAGAGUCGGUUUGCCACGCACAGCAUUAUCCCAAAGGGUGCAUCCGCAUGGGGGCUUAGUCUCCUGCGGUUAUACGGUUGGAUGGGGUGGACAGCUAUCCUUGGAUACACGUGCGUGUUUGCUUUGUUCGAAUUGCGUUCGAGGACGGGGCUGACGAAGCAGCCUCGGGGUGGCGGUUGAAGUUUCUAAGGGUGGCAAGAAUAGUGAUUGGCUGGUUUACAUUGUUUGCCUGCUGCUGCUGCUGCUGCUGCUAUGCCUCGUUCGCUGGAUGAUAUCAGCAGCCACCGGUGGUGCGAAAGGUGGGUAUGAAACGUCUGGGUGAAUUGCUGUGAGGGUCAGUAGGAGGCGGCAGGUUACGCUUGUCCUUUUUGCGUUUUGCGAAGAAGGAAACAUUUCCCGCGAAGAACAGAAUAAGUGAAAUGUCUCGCGACGGUUUCCGCGGGGAGCUCGUCCAUAUGCAUCCCUUCACAAGUUCUACUUGUAUUGGCUCGUCCAUUUCCGGCACCCCUCUGAACACCCUUUUUUGGGGUGCGGCUGCCAAGUAUUCAGUGGGAUGGAUUUUUUCGUUUCUUCUCGACGUUCGUGAAGCACUCGCUUUGCCAUGAAGCAGCAGGAUCGGCAACACGGCUGCCGCAGCUGCUUCUCAUGCUACCUCGCAUUGGCAGCAACGCGGUUCGAUCGAAUGUUAUUUCCGCCGCCUCGUCGUCGUGAUCGGCUGGCACGUCGGCGGUGGCUUGCAGAAUCGUGUGAAAACGGGCGAAUGCGCCCGUGCACCGCGUUAUGAUACGUGUGUGUAGGAGAUGUUGAUGGCACGCAGCCGAGUACACAGGAAAGGAAAGAAGUGUCACACAGUAGUAAAGAUGAUGUUUUUUGUUUUUGUUUGUUUUUCUCACAUCAUUGGAUUCUGGCGUCUGCCCUUUUGGCCCCUUUCCUCCACUCCUACCAGCUAGACGACCCAACCGGGGUCACAUAGGAGGGGGGGGUUGGACCCCCUCCUGCGGUUCCUGCCUGAGAUAUUUUUAUCGGGAGAAGGGUACAGCAAUCCCUUCCCUCGCGACUUGUAUGUGUUGGUUGUUGGUCGAAUCCUGUUAGUUAUCUUGGAGCGAUGUAGCCCAUCCCCCCCCCCUCCGCCCCCAUCCUCAUCGGAUGGAUUCAUGGCAUUGGAAAACACGAGAUGCAACUGCCACAACAACACACAACAUCCGAACAAGGAAGUCGUACGUUUGUCUACCGGUGGUCCGCGAAAGCAUAACAACACAGCUCCGGCCACUACGCUGCAGAUUUGCGACGCCCCGCUAUUGGCGUUUCCAGUUUCUAAAUGCCGACGGGCGUAGCCGCAACAACUGUAUUUCUUGACGACUUAGUUUUUUCGGCAAUCGUAUGCAUAUUUGCACAGUAUGCAGAUGGACGGCUUCAUUCACGGUUCGUUCGGUUCAUCACACCUCCGCCGUUUUGCCGUUUUCCUGCCGUCCGUGCCGUGCCGCUCUCUUCCUAUUAUAGCCUUUAUUUGCCAUGUGACCAAGAUGUGACCAACGAUCCACUCGGACAAUAAUUUUCCCAAAACUUUCGAAAGCGAGUUGGCGGACCGAGCGAACGUUAACGGUUGCAUACAAGUACAGCAGUUUUCUUGGUGCAGGUCGUUGGUGUGUAUUGUGGUCUCUUUCCCAGUACCAAGAGCGACACAUGGGAGUCGGAUGUGAUGAACGAGAUGUUUGAUUGACGCUGUAACAAACGUCGCAAAGGUGCUCGAUGAUUGUCGACAUGGACCUUGUCACAGCUGCUGUGGUGUGCUGAUGAGAUGAAUUGUGAGCAUUGUAUGUAUAGCCUACACCGUCGAAGGAGAUGGAGACGAAACCGAAGGGGUCGAGAGCGCGAUAAGGUGGUGCAAUUGUGUGCGAACUGGCACAAAGCAGGCAAGGAGAGGCGCAGGCCUACAGAAAAAUCGGGAGCUCGGUAACUGCUGUGGCAAGGAGGGGCAGGGAGAGCGGGGCCCCGUGGUUGACAUGCCGAGACACACACCUAUGGGGUAUGACAGCAGUAAUAAUACCUAGUCAUACCCCAUAGACACACACACACACAGCCAGAGAGCCGGGGUUUGCCCUCUCUUGCGAUUGUAGGAGAGCUAUCGCAUUGGUCCCCCCAGCCCCUUAGAGGUUGAUCUCUCUCCUGACGGUGCAGCGUAAGCAGGGAGAGCACGCCGCCGCACCGAGGAUCAAUAGGGUGGCGCAGUUUCUCUCGUGGAGUUUGGAAAAACGCUGCUGGUGUUUUUUCUCGGCUCAUUUGGUGCGGAAA